GCUAGGACCAAACCUUAAUGGUUCGCGGAGCAGGCACGCGUCGCUCACCAACAUCCCCGCCGCCGCAUCACCACAGCUGCCAUUGAGCUCGACGCGCCUUUUCUUUCCACUUCGCCACUUUCCUGCCAAACUAAUCCACAUAGAGCGCGCAACCAUCAUGAGCGCGGCAGUUGUGGCGUCUGAGGCCGGCGAUGCCACCUCGUCAAGCUCGCGACGUAAAUCUGGACGCGUAACGAAGAAGCCCGAAAAGUUUACACCAGGCACAAGUCCAAUAGGGACCUCCAAAAGGAAGCGCGGCGACGAUGAUGACAGCGGCGUUGACGCGGACGAGCCAAUAUCAGAAGACGAGGAUGAAAGCACAGAAGGCGAACCAGAUGAGGAGGAACUGAGAGAGCGACGGCGCAAGAAUAAGAGCAAAGCGCCUGCAAAACGGCCUGCGCCGAAGAAGCCCAAGACGAAUGGGAAGAGUGUGACACUGGCGAUGCGCCCCGCGACAAGCGCGUCGAAGAAGUCCAGCAGACCGCGCAAAGCACUUGUUCGCAAGAGCAUCCUCGCUGAAGACGAGGCGGAAGGGCUCUAUGCCGACGUGUUUGCCAGUGGCGACCGCCUUGAGGAUGUCGCGGCGCGUUGGGUCGCGCGAUUCAACGAGCACGAGGCGAAAGCUGUCGCUGAGAUCGUCAACUUCGUACUGCGCGCCGCCGGCUGCAGCCUUCGCAUCGACGAAGAUGACAUUGCCGAUCCAGACAACGCGCCGAGUCGCGUGGCGGAGCUGCAAGAGGAGUACCAGGCGCAGGACGUGACAGAGUACCCGCUUAUCGCCAAGGCGAAGGACGGUGGCGGCCAGGCUUUCAGGCACGCUUUGCACCGCUUCUUCCUCACUCUCGUCCAGAGCAUCGCGCAGUCAGGGCUCAUGUACGAGAACCAGGAGUUGCUCGAAAACAUCGCCGUCUGGAUUGGCGCAAUGUCCUCGAGUGCCAACCGACCGUUCCGCCACACAGCUACAGUCGCGGCGUUAGCGAUCACGACAGCACUUGCCUCGGUAGCGGCAGAUAUCGUCGAAAACACAGCGAAGAAGAUGCGACAGAGCGAAUCUGAAGUGAAGAAGUCGCGAGUCAACAAAGCUCGCGUUUCUGCGGCAAAUCAAGAGGUCGAGGACUACAACGCAAAACUGGAGUCUGUGGAUGGCGCACUCAACGACUGGUUCAGUCUGGUGUAUGUCCACCGAUACCGUGAUGUGGACCAUCACAUUCGAGUGGACUGCGUUGGAGCACUGGCAGACUGGAUCAUCACAUACCCGGACAAGUUCUUCGAUGGCAGCCAUCUGCGCUAUCUCGGCUGGGUGCUUUCAGAUCCCAACUCACCCACGAGAGUCGAAGUGCUGCAUCAGCUUGCGCGACUAUUCAAGGACAAAGACAAGCUUGCUGGGUUGAAGACGUUUACAGAACGCUUCCGGCCUCGAAUUGUCGAGAUUGCGACUCGAGAUGCAGAGAACAACGUGCGUGCCGCAGCAGUCGAUCUCCUAGACAUCCUUCGCGAAGCUGGCUUCCUCGAGCCAGAUGACAUUGACUCGGUUGGCAAGCUCAUCUUCGACGCUGAUGCCAAGGUGCGCAAGUCAGUUGUUGGCUUCUUUGCCGAGAACGUCAACGCUGCGUACGAAGCUAUUGUCGAUGAUAUGGGCGGCCAAGAAGCUCUCGAUGAGGCAUUGGGAUCGCCAGACGAUGAAGAUGAAGAGUACCAGAAUCCGCGGUUGGAAUGGCUGAAGCUUAAGUGUCUCGUUGACCAGCUUCUUUCGUACGACGAGGACGAAAACGAGUUACCAACCCAGAUCGAGCGAAUCUCACAUACAAGCGCAGAGCUGGGGCUAGUCGCGGCCGGUGUUGAGUCGCGAUACUCGUUAGCUGCUCAGGCGCUGUACGAGGCGAUCCCUGAAAUCAGAUCUUGGGAAGUGUUGGCAGGUUACUUGCUCUAUGACCACACCCAGACUGCGCAGCAUGGCGGCGACGAUGCGGAGGCUAUGCUGCGACAGAACUGUCAGCUCGAAGAGAAGCACGAGACUGCACUACUCGACAUCCUGAAUGCAGUCGUUCGUCUUCGAUUGCAGCGCCUGGCUGAAGCACAGACAGACAGGAAGAAGACGAAAGCCCAACGCGAGAGUGACCAGGGAGAGCAAGCAGAAAUGGCGAGGAAACUCACAUUGCUCAUUCCUGACCUGCUGAAGAAGUUUGGUGCGCUGCCUGAGGCUGCGGCACUGUGCCUUCGUCUCGAGCGCGAAUUGAGUCUGGAUGUCUUUGAAGAGCUGCGACAAAACACGGCGUUGACCGCGCUGCUCGACGAUAUCAACAAGCAGUUCCUGACACAUCACAACGAGCGCGUCCUGAUCGAAGCUGUCGGAUCAAUGUUGCAUGCGCAGGAGAAUGAGGAGCUCAAGGAGAUGAUUCAUCUCAAGAUCCAAGCUCUCUGGGACGACCUUAUCAACACAUUUGACGCGUUACGGCGUGGAAAAGACUUCUCAGCAUGUGGCAACCUCGACCAGAACAUCCUUGUUGGCGUCUCGAACAUCGUACUGAAGAUUGCUCAACUCAGCAAAGUUUCAGACGCGGCGAUACUCGACCAGAUCGUUGCGCCAGCAAAUUCGAGAAGCAAGUCAAAGAAGGCUGCACUAGAUUCGCCACCUAUCGUGUCUGUACUACAGAUCCUGGAUCGUGGCUUGCCAUCCAACGAUCUAGACGCAGAAACGAACGAAGCAGAGGACUCCCUCGUUCGUCACGCUAUGUCGGUGUUGCUCACAUACUUUGUCUGGAAAUGCAAAGAAUGCAUGGACCACAUCGAAGCGGGGACUACCAUGCCUGACGACGACCUCACAACUCUAGUCGAGAGACGAGACGCGUGCAUAACAUCGCUCAUGACUAUCCUCGAAAAGCGCAAGGGUGCCGACAACGUGCGUCUCGAAGCCGCCAACCUCCUCCUCGACAUCUACAACAUGUUCCGCUCGCUAAAAGUCAAGAAGGCGAAACUCAGCCGUACGCGCAAGAAGCCCCAAGGCCGUGCUUCAAGAGCGAAUGAGGAUGAUGCAAGCGACGACUGGGAAGCCUUGGCGCAAGACAUCGACACCCAAACAGUAAAGAUCCUGAUGCAGAUCCUUACUGCAACAGAGAACAACCUCGCCAAACUGGCGAACAAGCGCCUCGAAGAACCCGACGUGGACGAUGACCCUAUCGACCCUGAUGACGAGCCAGAGUCCGAUGAUGAAGACUCAGAGGAUAUACGCACACAAGAAGACAAGCAAGUCCGCUUGCUCAUCGCCGAAGAGCAUCUUUGCCAAUACGGCGGACGCAUCGUGCACGCCUACCUCGUCGGCAGCUUAGGCGCUGAGGGCGGCGAAGUGGUGAAGAAGCGGUUGGAGAGGAACAAAGCGAAGCUGACGUCGACAUGGAAAGAGGUAGUGAGCCAUCUCGAUGCACAGAGGUUCGUCAAGAAGCCAAAGAAGGCGCCUGCCAAACCUGCUGCGAAGGCAGGGAAGAGCAAAGAGAUCGUCAUUGAGAGCGAUGAGGAAGAUGAGGUUGAGGUACCGGGUGAUGAGAUUGAAGACGAGGAGAUGGCGGAUGCUGAGCAGGAGGAGCAAGUGAACGGCGCUGAGGCUGAGGAGAAUGGGGCGGAGAGAGAAGCCGAUGAGGAGAGCAUUCUGGGCGAUUAGAGGGGUGGCACACGUGGGAGCAUCAUGCUCGAUCUGUUGUAUUACCCUUUUAGCGUUUCGUAUAGCUUCACAAGGGUACAUGGCAGGCUGAGCGUUCACGCUGGCGCUGAGGCGUUUUGUCAAGCAAGCGCUGUAGAUGUUUGUUUUCGUGUAUGAUCAAAUUCGAG